UUCAUGGGUUCUUGUGGUGAAACACAUGUUGAUAGCAGUACGAAAUAUUCCAGCAUUUCAUCCAUGCGUUAACAAAAGCCGAAUUUACUGUCACAAGCAAUGUUUUAUUGAUAUGGCGUUUUUGUGUCCUAAAUGGGUUGAAAUGCGCCACUAGCGCUAAAACGAGGAACUGCAAGAGACGAGGUUGUCCUUUGUUUUUUCUUUCUUUCUUUUCUUUUUGUUUUUUCUUUUGGGUGUCUUCCGCAAAUCUGACACCGCAAAUAAUUUUGUAGUGAAAACGGACUGCAUAUUAAGCGGCCGAUCCGUUCUCUUCCUCUUCUGUUUCUCGGUAGUCACGCCUCUUCUGCAGCCGACACUUGAGAGAGUGCUGACUACGAUGGCAUCAAAACUAAAACACAAUGUUCUUGAAGACCAAACAAAAAUGAAUAACCUGUCCACAGAGUCGUGUUCUUUACUUGCUGAUGAAGAAACUUCUAAAGAGGAGAUCCAAACUUUGAAGUCUUUACUGCAAGAAAGCUUAAAAAAGCGAUAUGAAGACACUCUAAAGGCUCCAAAUGGCAUUCCACUGAAGAUGUAUGUAUCAAACCGGACACAUUUGGAUGGCCAGAUGGUCCAUGAGAUGCGUGAGCUGGAAAGACCCUACAAUGAGGACAUUAAAGAUGAAAAUGUUAUUAAUUAUGAUGAUCUCCUGAAGCCUCAUUAUUCUACAGACGGGCAUAUCCACACCAUUAUGAUGAGAGGAAUAUCUGGAUCUGGCAAGUCAACAGCUGUGACGAAGUUUGUUUUUGACUGGGCACAUGGCAGAACACACCAGCACAUUGAUUUUGUGUUUCCCCUUCACCUUUGUGAGCUGAACAUACUAUACGACAAGAAAUUCAGCCUCAUGCAGCUGUUAGAUUUGCUCUUUCCAAAGCUACUGAAGCCAGAGACCCUUGAACAGUCUCAGAUCCUCUUUAUUUUGGAUGGACUUGGUGAAUUUAGAUUUCCUCUUAAUUUUAAGUGCACCAAGACAUGCGCCGACCUUGCAGUGGGAGAAUCUUCUCAAAGGGAACCUUCUUCCUUCUGCCCAGAUCUUGGUCACUUCAAGGCUAAAAGAUGCAGGUCUAACUCCUCCAGAACAUAUACAGAAGGUGGUUGA